AUGCCACCUUCUUCUAAAAGAAAAAGAAAAGCCAGAAAUCAGAAUAGAAAUGGUGAAGAUCGAUAUUGUAAUCCCAAAAAAGUUUUUCACACCUCAGUAAUUUUAACUGAUCAAGAAAAUCUGGAAGAUGAAUUUGGUGAACUAUAUAAUAGUGACGGAGAAGAUGAGUUGGAUGUUAGUAAUAGAAAAGAAAGUAAAGAUGAUAGCAGGACACCAAAGUCAACUUAUUAUGAUAAGUAUGAGCCAAAUAGUAUCUUUACUAAAGCGCCUACCGAGUUAGAUAAGGCCUCAAGCGAUUUAGAAAGUGAAACUGACUCAUAUGUCUAUAAAAUAAAUAAAAGAGCAAAAGAUUUAAAAAAACAAUUAGAACAAAAUCAUGGUACAUUAACAGUUAAAGAGUAUAAUUAUAAAAGAGCUAUUUUUGAAUAUUUUAGUUUGUUGAGUAAUAAUAAUGGUCAUGGCAAAAUUAAAGCUAGUUUGGAGUUACUUAAUAAUAAGCUUCCAUCAUCUAGACAUGGAAAACAUCAAAAAACAAUUAGGAUAAUCGAUGAUGAAGAUAUUGAAAUCAAAUGCCAUAUUUGA